UUACUAACUAUCUUCUUAUACUUUCAUACAUAGAAUAAGAGAGAUGGAGAAUUGGGAAAAUCUUUGUGGUGAGAACAACUGGGAGGGGCUGUUGGAACCAUUGGACGAUAAUCUUCGUCGUCUCAUCAUCCACUAUGGAGAAAUGGUUGAGGCAACCUACACUGCUUACGACUCAGAUGAAAACUCAACGACCGGCUGCAAGUACAAUAAAGAAAACCUCUUCUCUGAGGUCGGCCUAGGAAAAGGUUUUGCGAAGAAAGAGUACACCAUAACACAUUUCAUCUACGCGACAGCCUCAUUCACACCUUUCGACAAGGACACCAACUGGAUGGGGUAUAUCGCAGUUGCCACAGAUGAAAGGAAAAAUGAGCUUGGGAGGAGGGACAUUGUGGUUGCUUGGAGAGGGACAAAGGAGUUGUCAGAGUGGAGUAAAAAUAUGUUGGCUUUGAAGAAACCUGCUUCCAAAAUUUUUGGUCAACAUAGGGUUAGAUCUUAUAUUUCUUCCAAGAUGAUUAAUCAUCCACAUAUGUCUUAUAUUUGGAAUAAAGUAUCACCAUCACCUUUCUCUUCCUUUCCAAGUAUAGAGGUCCAUAAGGGAUUCUAUGAAAUAUACACCACCGAGAAUAAGAAAUCAAGGAUGUGUAAGAAGAGUGCGAGGGACCAGGUUCUUGAAGAAGUCAGAAGACUGUUAAAGAAGUAUAAGAAUGAGACAGUUAGAGUGAUUGUAACUGGACAUAGCCUUGGAGGUGCACUUACAAUCCUAAACGCAGUUGAUAUCGCAAUAAAUGUUUCCCCACAACCACAUGUGACAGCAUUCCCAUUUGGAUGCCCCCAAGUCGGUGGCUCUGAACUUAGGGAUUUCGUUGACAAAUAUAAGACAAACUUUCACAUCCUGCGGAUAGAGAAUAAACCCGACGUUGUCCCCGACCUCCUACGGAUAGAAAAUGUACUAGAAAAAUUAUUUCACGAGGUAAAGGAUAAAAUAUAUGACGGCAUUGACUGGAUCAAGAAUUUAAUUGACAUAAAACCCCACCUCCCAAAACACAUUAGUUAUUAUAAGGAUGUCGGAGAAGUGCUAUUAGUGGACACGGAUAAAUCAAAAUACCUAAAAGAAAUGGGAUUAAUAAACUACGUACGAAUGACUCAUAAUAUGGAGAUCUAUCUUCAUGGUGUUUCCGGAACACUUGGAGGAGCAAACGCUGGUUUUAAAAAGGUGGAGAGGGACAUUGCGUUGGUGAACAAGCAUGGUGACUAUCUCAAGGAUUCGUAUGGCAUCCCGACCUCUUGGUGGAAUAAGCCCGACAAGGCCAAAAUGGUCCAAAUUGAAGAUGGAUCGUGGAAGAAAUUGAGAAAGAGAGAUUGGAUCAAAAAGAAAUUACAUCUCGUUUGAUCAACCCAUUUGAUUACUCUAUAUUUAACCCUUUUGUUGGACUUGUUGUAAUGGGCUGAAUUUUGGAGGAGGAGGAGGUCGUACGUAGUUUAUCU